UUGAGCUACUCAGAGAAUUGGGAUGCCUAUAAUUGAUCUUCGGCCUUCAAGAGGGUCAAUCCCAGAGAGCUUAAUUUCUAGUGUAAGUAAUGCUGGGGCCUAAACCUGCUUGGAUCUCUCUCCCUCCUUACCUUUUCAGUUCCCUUCUGCGUGUAAUGCAUAGAAUCUGACUCCCGGGGCAUAGGUGAUGCCUCCACAAUUGGAUGCAAUCUGGACAGCGACCACUGGAUGGCAGUAAAGAGUGCAUGAUUUCUGUAGUCCUUGACUUAUGAUGGCAUGACUUAUGACCUAAAGCACAACUGCACUGCUUAGUGACGGCAAUCCCUGCAGUCCAGGUCGCCAUCGUUAAUCAAAUCCCAUGGUCGUUAGUCGAGGCAACUUCCCUCCAGCUUCCUACAGCCAAUGUUAGUGGAGAAGCCAGCAGGAAGUUGCAAGUCCCAGGUGGCUUGCAAGCAGGCCAGCAGGCAGUGACCGGCUGCAAUCCUCCAUCUAGGAAUUCUCCAUGGGUCUCAGAGCCAAGUGAUUCCCCUUGGAGGCAAGAGACAAGGCAAAGUUUCCCAGACAUGGAGGUGAAGGGGCAGCUGAUAAACUCAUCCAGCUACAGCUCUUCAGAAGCUUUGCAGCGAGAGCUCUGUCCCCGAAUUCGGCUAGAGCGGGUGCAAGAACUCCUGGAAAAGCAGAAGUCCCUCCAGCAGGUGCUCAGCCUGCGCCUGAAGGAGCUGCGUCGGGUUUGCCUGCAGGAAGCGGAACUGACAGGAAAAUUGCCACCGGAAUAUCCCCUGGAACCUGGAGAAAGGCUGUGGCCAGUGCGGAGGAGAACGACGGUGGCCUCCCGAAUUGCCCCUGCCUUGAAGAAUGAGGAAGCCCCUUCACUGGAGGAGCUGACCCACGAGCUGUCACUGCAGCAGCAAGUGGCUGAGGCUGCCCGACGGCUAGCGGUUGCCCCCGACUUAACAGCUGAGCAGCGUCGUCGCCGGCGGCAGGUCCAGGCAGAUGCUGCCCAGCGCCUGCGAGAGCUGGAGGUGCAGGUAGCAGAAUGCCGGGCGCGGCUGGGCAAAGGACCUCUCCAGAGGGCUGGACCUGAAGAGUCAUUUCACUCAGAGAGCAGCUCCCUCUCAGAAUCAGCCAGCCAUGAGAAUGAUGACCCUCGCAGCUUCCAUCCCUCCAAAAUCUCCAACCAUCAGGGAACUUUCCCAGACCGGUCCUCACCUCCCAAGGCCCGAGAUCACCUACGUGCCAUCUCCAGCAGUCCCGACCGCCGACCCGGCUGGCGAAUUUUGCAGCCAGAUCUGUACAGUGAGGCCAAGGACCGCAGGAACUCUGUCGCCAGCCCUACCAGCCCCAGUCGCACCCUCCCCAGAAGCAUGUCUAGCUUUGAGGGCCGGAGCGUCCCAGCAACUCCAGUGUUGGCAAGAAAUGCUUGCAGUGGAAAUCACCAGUUAAGGUCAGAGGCCCCAUCUCUCCACUCCCGCCAGUGGUCAGGCAGCCACGAUUCCCAGCUUGGCCCCCCGAGCCGGGACACCAGUGCUGAUAGGGCUUCUCUCUUUGCUGCUCGGACCCGUCGAAGCAACAGCUCCGAGGCCUUGAUUGAACGGGCCCCUUCGGAGGACCCCCUCCUGCCCUCUGCCCCCCCUUUUAAGAGUGCCGAGGCCCUGACCCCUUCCAUCUCUGGCCGGAGCCCUCGCCCGCCUUACAACGAUCUCCUGUUCGACUACUACCUGGAACGUCGGUGCGGUGGGGGUGGCGAGCAUCUGUCUCGCAGGGAUGGGCCCCCCCAGCUGGAGUGGGGAGCCUUUUCUGAAAGCCCGCUUCAGCGCCGAGCCCGGCCCGCCGCGCGCACUAAAUCCUGUGGGCCGUUGCUGCCUCCACAGUCCCGUGAGGUUGGUUACGGACCCCCCUUACCCCCUCACCGUAACUUCCACAAAGCGCUUGCCCUGGAGGGGCUCCGGGACUGGUACUUACGCAACGCUGGAGUCACCCAACGAGGGGCACCCGAGAGACGGGGACCAUCUCAGUCUGUACAUCAGCACCUGCGUGGCUACUGUGAUCCGGGACCCUCCAACCCCGAUAUGGGAUAUUACGGGGGGCCAGGGGGACUGCCUCACUCUAUGAGCUAUGCGGGGCAACCUCUCUAUGGCAGGUAUGGGGCCCGAUUCCUUCCUUUGCCCUGACAGUCUCAGCACCCCCCACUUCCCAUCCCUUCCCUUCCCUUGCUUGACUCAAGCCAACCCUGUGCCUCUUCCUUCCGCUCCCCCUCUUUCCCUGGCUCCACUCCUCCUUUUUCAGAACGACCUUGCGGUUCUCUGGCUGCAAAUUUCACGCUGUUUGAAAGACCUGGGUGGGGAAGAGAAGGAAAGGAGGCGGGCAUCCUUUUAUAGCAGCCUUCCCUAACUCACCACCCCUUUGCUGGCUAGGAACAAUGGGAAUUGAGGUCUAAAGCCUCUGGAAGGCAGACGGUUGCAAGGCUGGUUCUUUUUGGCCCUUUGCGAUGGCUGGAAAAGAUUAAUUUAAUGAACCGAAGAGGGGAGAGGGGCUGGGAUUGUGAUUGCUGUGGGGUAAAAAGAUCCAGAACUGGAGAUAAACGCUUUCAUUUAUCGCAUGAUUCCUUUCUGCCCUUUUGUCUAAUUCUUUCUUUCUCUUUCUCUCUCCCCUUUCUUUUUCUGCUCUGCUCUGCUCUGCUCUGCCCUGUCCAGACCUUUUGGGGACCUGCUUUAUCUGGAAGAUUCUUCUGGUCCUUACAGCUUGGAUUCCACAGAGCACCCAACCCCAGGGACGUUGGUGUGACCCCCUCCCCUCUUUCCCCCAAGGGGAUCUGGAGUGCUGUUUCUUUUUGUUCUCCUUUUUCGCACUGGUGCCUCUCUUUUGGGUGUGAUGCACCAUUGUGGGGAUGGGGGCUCCCUGCUGGCAGGGUAGGUUUCCGCGUGUGUGAGGGUGGGCUAUUGCAUGUCACACACUGGACACACGACUCGGGCGGAGGAGUGUGUCCAUAGUUCUUCCUACACAUUGUUAAUCUCCCCCAUUUUAGACUUUGGGGGGGUGGGGGGAUCCGUGUUUCCUGUACUGCUUCUCCAUGAUAGGGUUUUUCUGCUGUGGGUGGUGCCCUCUUGUGUUCGCUGGAGAGCGGUGCACUGUUAGUGCCCUGGUGCUCUGCGUUGGGGUAUGGCAUUAUAAGCCCCAGACCCUGGAAUGUAUAAAUGGAGAGGUGUGUGCAAUGUGUGUUUCUUGUGAAAUGUUAUAUAGCACAGACCUGUCAUCUUGCUAACGAACAUCAGUCCUGUAAGAAGUAGGGAAAAAACCCCCAGAUCUACAGCACUCCUGUUGCCCCCACUGUGAGAAACUUUGCUUACCCUUCAAUGUAUUCUCCCUUCCUACUCACAUCCUGCCCUUGCAAAGCCAUGAGUGAGGAAAGGACAUGUACUGCAGAAGGAACCAGGUCUGGGAAAUGUUUGCAGGAUCCGUUGGAUGAGCCUAUUUCAUGGCCCAACCUUUCUCCUAGCAGGGGAACCUCACCAGAGGGCUGGACAUAGGAAUUACACUCAUUCAAUUCAAUAAUUGUCUCCCACAGGGGGAGGGGGGCAGGAGCUUCCAGCUGAAAGUGCAGAACAAUCUGCCCCACGGGAUUGGCUGUGGUAAAUGCCAGCCAUUUCCAUGUGGUCCUCCCUGAAACUGCUGUGGGCGUACCUGCAUGUAUCAAAACCCAGCUCUCACAGGAAAUGGGUUGCGACAGCUGUAAUGAGCAGUGCAACCCUUCACUCUUCUAAAAGUAUGGCUGCAAACCCUUUCCCACUCUCUUUGCUGGACAGUUUAUUUUCUCCUGCAUCCUUCAUCUGACAUGCUUUCUGCCCUCUCCCCCAAUUUUACAGAAACGAAAGGAACGUCCUGCCGUUUUUUCUUUCGCUGUAAUAAUCCUCAUCCUCAUCCUCACUGUAAUUGCAAAAUGUGUGAUGGUUUUCCCCUGCUCUCACAAUUGCACAUAAAAGGAAUAGUCACUUUGUUUAAACUCUGUGCCAAUGGAAUCCAGGUCAUUUUGGAGCAGAGGGAAGGAGGGAGGAGGGGAGAAACCAAGAGGGCUCCAGUUUCCUCCCUCUCCCAUCCCUGGCUGAAGGAACAAGGGCCAUAUUGGAGUCACUGUCUUGUGUGUCUUUUUAAUAUACACUAAUGUAUAGAUUAUAUAUGGGGAUCUAAAUGUAAAACGAAGCACUGUGCAUAAGGAGAAAAGGUUUCUAUAAUAAAGAUUGUAAACGAGGCCGUGAUGUGUGAAAGCUUCAUGUCACCAUCAGGAUCUUGAUGUAGACAGUGCAGGAUAGCACUUAGACAACAUCUGACCAAGGCUGGGAGUCUGUGUCCUAAAGCUUCACUUAGUAACAGGAACACUUUGUGGCUAUUUUACUGUGACUUGCCUUGAGUAGAUAAGAGAAUAAAACAGAUGGAAAUGUGCCACAAAUGCCUCAGACUUCCUCAUGGAGGAAAAAUGGGGUAAAAGAAUCUAUGCCUAUUUCAUUUGGUUAGGGUCAUCAAGGGGUAAUAUUGAGGAGGGAGAACCUACACUGAUUAUAAUUA